AUGCAGGCAAGCGGCUACGAUGUGCCAGAUCUGGCCUUGCAGUACCAGCAUACUGCCCUGCCCGAGGCCGGCCACAUACCCAUCCUCGUCUUGCGGCCAUCAGAAGACAUUGGGUCUCCGGUCGAAUGUGACAUGGAAGCUGUGCCCUUGUCUCGAGAGAAGUCGGACUACGUGGCUCUAUCCUACAGCUGGGGUAUGGAUGCGGAUGGCGAUACCUCUCUGAAUCGCAGCAUCACGAUCUGUGGCAAGCCUAAGGCUGUGACCCAGAAUCUGUUUGAGUGCUUGCGUCGUACGCGCCACGGGGUAGGCCUAUUGAGGAUAUGGAUUGAUGCAAUCUGUAUCAAUCAAACCGACGACGACGAAAAGACCAGGCAGGUUGCUAACAUAGCGGAAGUGUAUGCCAACGCGGAGCGCACCAUUGUCUGGCUCGAUGAGCAUGAUCGUAACGGCAACGAUGCAGAGAUGUUUGCGCUACUGAAGUGUCUAAGCACAGCAGACUAUCUAAAGCAUCCACGUGCUGAACACUCGUGGCGAGAAAUACAUGGACGGGUUCAUGUUCGAUGUGAUCUAGUUACGUCGAGCAUGAAAGAUCUUACCCGAGGCGAAACCAAUGAGGUCGUUACCAAAAUGCUGCAGUUCUUGAAGCGGCGGUACUUCGCCCGACGGUGGACCGUCCAGGAAGUGCGCAACAGCAGCGAGGUCACCCUGUACUGGAACAAAUAUUGA